AAAAUAUUUUGGUUACCUGCUCGUUACUCCUUCUUCUUCUUAUCUCCAUCGCGCGCCCUAAAUACCCCAAAUUUUGUACUUAAUUCUUUUUCCCUUUUAAUCUCAAAAUUCCAUGAGUUCUUUUGGCCCAACAUCUCGACAAAUGGGUUUUCAGAUCUAUACCAAAAGACCACAGGGAUUGAUCUAUGGAAUUCCCAUUAUGAGAGAAUGGAAGAAAAUUACAGGAGGUUGAAGGAGAUAAACAAAAAGCUGAGAAGGGAGAUUAGGCAGAGAAUGGGUGGAAACUUGAAUGAACUUAACAUUAAUGAACUGCAAGCUCUUGAAGCUAAAAUGGAUUCUUCUUUGCUAGCUAUAUGUGAGAGAAAGGAGGAUGAUGGAAGUGAUAGUCUUGCAGUUCAACUAGUCGAUGAAAAACACUGGGAAGAUCUCUUCAUCGUUAUUGCUGUGAGCAAGGAGUGUUUAGAGAAAGUUACUCAAACAAUAUCUUUUCUUGCUCAACCACGAGAAUCUCACUUGCUUUUGCUUACGGGAGAGGUGCAGAGGGAUAGAGCUGCAGAGCUUUUGGGUUUGCGUGCAUGCAAUUUUCGGCCACGACACUCAAGCAAACUUGGAAAUGAGUUUCGGGUGUUCACAAACUAUGACCCUGGGGAGAGAUUAGGAGGAUGGGAGCAAGAAUAAUAGGUGCCUUUUUCUUGCCAUCGUUUGCUAGGAAUAUUUUCUCAUGGAUGAGCUUCAUGCAACCUAAUUUUUAUCCAUUAUCAGGGCAUUUCCAACACUUACCCUUGGAAAAAUUAACCAGCUUUUCUGCUAAUUUUCCCAGAGAAAACAUGCAGAUGAGAAAACUUCCAAGCAAGUCCAUCCUCAUAUUAUGCAUUUUGGUCUACUUUUUUAAACUAGUGCAAUUUUCCUCACUUGUGUAGAUUUCGUAAUACAUAAAACUAUUUAAGGUUGUUUAAAGUUGUACUGACUCAUGCCUACUCAUUGCCAUUUUGAAAUGUAAUUAGGAAGUUGUUCCAAAACGCACAAUAUAGAUGGAAGAAGCCAUACAAGUUUCUCAUAUGUAUUAUUUAUUUUAGUUUUGAUAUGUAUUAUUUAUUUUAGUUUUGAUUCUAA